AUGGCGACAUUUGCCAAGUGCCAGCUGCCCGACGUGAGCGACGACAAGACCGCCGCGCCGAUCUUGAACACGGAGCGACCAGACAUCUUGAAGGAUCUGUUCAAAAAGAAGGAGAGGCCGAGCUGGAUCACCACUGUGGCAACGAGGCUCGCAAAGGAGGGCUACGUUCCACCUCCCUAUGACGAGAACCACAGGCCGGAUCUGACGAAGCCGACCUUCGCGGCUUCAGCGAUGUACGGGCCGCUGGCCCCUCCGAGCAUCACAGGCGUCAAUGUCUAUACAGCAGAUGGCCAGGUAGCCCAGAAAUAUGAAAUGCACGAAUUCAAGGUGGAAUUCCUCAUACCCAAGAAUGAUGAUGGUGGCGCGUUCGUCCCGGAUGAGAUUCCAGACGACAUAGCUCUUAUCAUCAUCACCAUGGAGCGGAUGGAGAGCGCCAAAGGUCUUCCAGCUCUCAGCAUGGCCUGUCGCUGGGAAAGCUAUCAAGAGCUAGCUAAUCGAGGCAAGGCUCAUAACAGAAGUACGGCUGUCAUCAAGACGAUUCAGCUUCGAGCAAUGCUUCGGCAGCUUGAGCACGGCAUGGACCUCGUCGGAAGCAGCUAUCUCGAGUGCUUCAACUUCGCCAUUGACACGUACGGCGAGCUGCUGGGCCGCUGGAAUCUGUUUGCCGAGUGGUGCGAUGCGGUAAAGCAAGACGUAGCAAUACCCGCGCAUCGCGAUGCUGCCGUUCUUUCCGCGACUACAGCGUCUGCGGUGGCUCUGCGAGAGCACACCCUCAAGUUCCAUCCAAGCGGGGCAGCCUCCAUGGCCGACGCGGAGACUUUGCGCUCGACGUUCCGGGCUGCGAUCAUGUCCACUACAUCUUCCCCGUAG